GCGCAAAUGCAAUGUGUUUUAGAUUUAAAAUAAGAACUGACACUGAUAUGGCCCAGUAAUAUUUAUGAAACUGUGAUAAGAGAAACUAAAAGAUAUUUCGAGGAAGCGUUUUUUUUUUGUUUUUUGUUUUUCAUGCAUCGGUAUGAACUGUGUAGAUGGCACUGGGAAUUAUUUCACUUUUGACUCUCUGCAUCUUUUAUAUCCAAGUGCCACAUGGCCAAACUGGAUGUGCUGAAGUAGACUCCAUGACAGAAGCUGUGGCCGGCAAAGGCUUUCUGUUGGGUUGCAUUUCUUGCAAAAGAAGAGAGGAAGUGCCUGGUUGUGCUGUUGCUGAUUGGCACUACAAAGCAGCUGGGUCUGAGGAGUUUAUCCAUAUUUUUCAGUAUGAAUACAAUAACCCCACCAUUCUUCAUGAAGACUUUGAGGGAAGAUUAGAGUGGAAAGGAACUAUGGGUACAAAGGAUGUGCAAACUGGUUCCAUCUUUAUUCACAAUGUCACAUAUAAUGACACUGGGACUUACCUCUGUACCUUCCACUGUACACUGUACCUUCCUCUGAAUGAGGAACAUAAGAAGAUCUACGCUGAGAACGAAGCUCGGGAAGCCAGAAAAGCUGCACGCUCUCAAAGCAAGCACGUUGAGUUUAAAGACCCUUGUGAUGGCAUUUAUUUGGAAUAACUACAGUUUUGGUUAGUAGGCUUAUUAUUUUCAGUGAAUAGGGCCUAGGAUUAUUUAAUUAUUGCUGAUAUAUUGGAUGCAUCUUAUACGAAUAAUUCAUUAAAAAAAAUUAAUUUGCUGAAAACAUACUCUCAGGCUAUCAAAGAUAAAUAGAUUAAUUUUUUUAUUAAUUAAAAAAGAUUUGGCGAAAUUUUGCAUUGCAUCACUUGUUUACCAAUGGAUCCUCUGCAGUUAUUGGGUGCCGUCAGAUUGAGAUAAAAACAUCCUAAUAGUACACAAGACUCCAGUCCAUCAAUUAACAUCUUGUUAAGUGAAAUCUGUAAGUAUGUAAAAAAAAAAAAACAAGUACAUCAUUAAGAC